GGGAGCUAUGGCUAAACAUCACCCGGACUUGAUCUUUUGCCGCAAGCAGGCUGGUGUUGCCAUUGGAGGACGGUGUGGAAAAUGUGAUGGCAAGCGUGUGAUCUGUGACUCCUAUGUGCGUCCCUGCAUCCUGGUGCGCAUAUGUGAUGAAUGUAACUAUGGCUCUUACCAGGGACGCUGUGGGAUCUGUGGAGGCCCCGGGGUUUUGGAUUCCUAUUAUUGUAAGGAGUGCACCAUCCAGGAGAAAGAUAGAGAUGGUUGCCCAAAGAUUGUCAAUUUGGGGAGCUCUAAGACAGAUCUCUUUUGUGAACGCAAAAAAUAUGGCUUCAAGAAGAGGUGAUUGGUGGGCUGCCUCUUCCUCCCCCCCGUCAAGCUGCUGCAGCUGCCAAAAGAAACGCCUACAGAAAGGAAAUGGAGCACACAGCAUCACCUGAAUUGCCUAUAGUACACUGGCACCUUUCCACCCUUUCCUCUCCUCUCACCCAGCCAUGGUAGGAAUGGAAAUAAAGAUUCUUCACAGAGCACUCUGGCAGACUGUACCACAGACAAAUUAAUAGAUUGGUUCAUGGCAUUCCUUAAAUUCAAGAAGCAAGUCUGUGUUAAUCCACAUCGAGAAGUUCUGUACACCAAAAGCUUCUAAAACAGGAAUGAUAUAUCAUUUUAGUCUUCUGUUUGAGGAGCUGG